AAGAGGGAGGCAGUGGAGUCCUGCGAGGCGGGCGCGUCGGGAGAGGGGCCCUUGGCCUCCUUCUUGCGCCUUUUUGGGAAUGGCGUCGCGGGUGAGUCCGCAGGCCUCCUCCGCGACGUGGCGGCGGCGCUGGCCCGCUCUGCCGCGCCUCUGGAGGCCUGGGACAGGGAGGGUGAGGCCUGCCUGGCCUUCUCCAGCCUCGUCUCCAAACUGGGGGAGGCCCGAGGCCUGGAAGGGCGCGUGGCGGGGCCCUUGUUCGUCUUGGCGGCGGUCCACUCGGCCCAGAGGCCCGGGGUCCAUCCGGGGGCGGCGCGCCAGGCCCAAGCGCUGCUGGACGCCCUCCUCCGGGCUCGGGGCUGCCAGUCCGUGCCCGAGUUCCUCCGAGGCGCCCGCGAAGGAGAGGAAGGCUGCCUGGCGGAGGUGUUGCGCUACCUGGAGCCGGAGCUGAGCAGAGAAACAUGGCAGCGCAACCCAUCAGCCAAGUAUGUCUUCUGCUCAGUGCUCCAGCAAGUCACAAGGCCCUGGCUCAGCCAGCACUUAGAGAAGGUUCUGCCCCCUGCAUUGCUCCUGUCAGAUGACUAUCGUGUGGAGAACAAAAUCCUGGGAGUACAGUGCCUGCACCACAUCAUUAGGAAUGUGCCCGCAGCUGACCUCUGCCAAUUCAACAGGGCACAAGUUGUGAAUCAUGCCCUCUCCCUCCACCUCUACAGCAAGGAGGCUCAACUCAUGCGGAUUUUGUUGCCAUGUAUCUUGGAUUUGCUGCCAAUCCUGGAGAAGGCCUCACUACAGCAGUCCCACAACCCCCCAAUUGUCACACCUUCUGAUGAAGUGUUUCAGUUUGUAUUGACACAUAUGGAAGCAGAGCCCCAGCUGUCCUUGCGGAGGAUAUAUGCCAGCAGCCUACCUACCUUUGUAGAGAGGUUCGGCAUCCAGAUCACUCGGCACCUGAAAAGGCUACAACAAGUGAUUGUAGGCUACUUGGAGAUCGCUGAUGGACCCGAAGAAGUUGCUAGAUUGGCAAUACUGGAUACUCUGAAGUGCACCAUACAGCAUGCCUGGCCCAGAAUGACCUGCCAUCUCAGUGUACUCUUGAAGGCUUUGCUGAAAAUGAUGUGGGACGUUUCUACAGACAGUAGUGUUACACCUGAACCGGUGAAAGCAGAGUUACUGCAGAGAGCCACAGAAUGUCUUCUCUUACUGGAUCAUUCUACUCAUGGCCAAGUGAAGAUUCUUUUGCACGGAGUCUACCAGCAUUGUCAAAAUGAUUGCCUCAAGAAGUACCUGAAGAAAGUGCAAAUGGAGCCUGUAGAAGUUUGGUCUCCUGGAGAGCUCGAUAAAGAUGUUUAGUAAAGAUUAUUCAAGGUUGGAAGAGCAACUCUCUCAUUUUGUAAAUUGCAGUCUGCUUAUCCUGAUACAAGAACUCUUUAUAAUGAGAAAGAGUAUAUAUAUAUAUUUUUAAAAAAGGAAAUGUAAAUUGUCUUCACUUUUAUAAUAAAAGCCUGAAAAGUG